AUGGACAAGUAUCAGAUAGCCUCACAAGAAGCAUGGGCGACCUUCUUACGCUCCCGCUUCGAAGUCUGCGCUCGCGUUGGAUUCGAUGAGGCCGCCGCCAAGCGCGCCGAGUUGGCAGACAUGGAGCUUGAAGUCAUGGAGAUGCGUGCAGUCUUCGCUCGGCAACAGCGCAACAGGGUCGUGGGUGCUUGCCGCCUGCCGCCCGAAGUCCUGGGCGCCGUCUUCAAGCUCGCACAGGAGGACUGGAGUCCAGAGUUGAGGAGUAUCGAUGGAAACGUCGUUGACGGGAAGGUUCAAGAUGUCAGGGCCACAUACACCUUGGGAUGGAUGUGUCUGCUGCAUGUAUGUAGCUUCUGGCGCCAGACCGCUCUCGGAUCCCCUGCGCUAUGGAGUAGCAUUUCUUGCAUGGGCGUACAUCCCGACUCGGUGCCGACGCUGUUGGCCCGCUCGCGUGGUCUGCCGCUUUCGCUACACAUCGACGGGGCCUCCCUUUCUCUCGAAGACGACGAUGAGCUACAAGCGGACUUUUCCGGCCUUUGGCUUUGCAAGCCUGUCCUGCGCCGCACCAAAUGGCUCACACUGGACAACGUUCCCGACCAUCAACUGCACCCGUGGCUGCAUGGUCUUCGUCAUCCCAUGCCCCUUCUGGAAACUUUUGUGAUCAACAACCCGCGUCGCAAUGAGCGGGAGAUCAGGGCUAGCCUUCCCGACACUUUGUUCGCACAAAAUGCGCCCAAUUUGCAUCAUGUGGCAGUGGUCGCGACGAGAUUGCCAAACGACUGGGAAACCACGCUCUUCUCUCGUCAUCUCGUGCAUCUGAGCAUCGAGUUCGACGAGCGCACACCUUCGAAUCUCCUAUUGGCGUCUGCGCCUUCCAUACAGACGUUCUACGCGACCAUAUCUUCCAUGCGGAAUCUUCAAUCGCUUACGCUCCGCGACGUCUUUCCCAUUCUACCUCAGCAACUUGGCCAUACGGCGGGGAUCGACGCGAAUCUUGAACUACCCAAUCUGCGAGAGAUCAAGUUAGCAGCCUCGGAAAGCUUUCUGGAAGGUUGUCUGGAUCUCAUCCAACGGCUUUCUCUGGCAGACGAUACAGGCGUCGUCCUCGCCCUCGACGCCGAGGGCGCAUUCGAUUUUGACGACCGUUUGCCGGCGCCGAUCAUCAAAGUCUUUCGUCCUGCUGUGGCUGUUCCACCGUUCAUGCUGUACAUAAGCCAGUUCACUGUCGGGCUGGCGUCCGCGCCCCAUAUUGCGCCAGCUCUAUUGCAAAAUCCCAUCUCGGAAUGGGCAGCAACUGAUUGGAAACAAGAUCGGCUUGGACCAGGCGCCAGACGUCUGAGGAUAUGCCACUGGGACGACGAUUACACGGUACUCCCGCACAUCCCGUUAUUGUCCCUGCGUACAGUGCCGACCAUCGUCUUCGCGUCGGACUUCAGCGACGCGGAAAACGUCAUGGAGCCGGAGGGAUGGAUCAACACCUUUGCUGCUGCGCGGGAAGUUCAGAACAUCGCAGUUCAUUACUUCGACGCCCUCGUGUUGCUUGACGCUUUGAGCGAGAUCGACAAGAGCCCUUCAGGCUCAUAUCUACUCUUCCCUCGGCUAUCGACGAUCGCGAUGCACGCACACAUGCAUCCGAAGUAUCCGGCCGAAAGACUUGCGGACAUGCGCGCGACCUUGGAUGUUUUACUUCUCGAUGUGCUGCAAGUCAGGAAGGAGAAGGAAGCGCCGAUCAAGACGUUGCUCGUGUCGCGCGCGUUCGCACACUGGGAUGUUUGGGGGAGGGCCGAGGAUCUUGCCCAUGUAGAGUUCUUUUGA